AACGCGAGCUGGGGAGGUUGGAGAAGAUGCUAAAACUUUGUCCGUGUGGUGGAGCGACAUGAGCCCGACCUGAUCGAAGGAUGCUCGGCGUUUGGGAUAUAACAGUCCUCCUUCUGCAAACGUAUCUCGUGUGCACGUCGUCAGGUCAGAAGAUCCAGUCCAAGCUUGAUGAAGGGUGGUGGGCCUACAAAGAUGUGGUCCAGGGUAGCUUCGUUCCAGUGCCGUCCUUCUGGGGUCUGGUCAACUCAGCAUGGAACCUGUGCGCCAUCGGAAAGAGGCAAUCCCCCAUCGACGUGGAGACCAGUCAUAUGAUCUUUGACCCUUACCUGACCCCUAUCAAGGUCAACACUGGGGGGCGGAAGAUGGGAGGCACCAUGUACAACACGGGGAAGCAUGUGUCCCUGCGCCCGGACAAGGCUCACCUGGUGAACAUCUCCGGAGGGCCCCUGGGGUACUCCUACAGGCUGGAGGAGCUGCGGGUACACUUCGGCAGUGAGGACGACAGCGGCUCUGAGCACACACUCAACGGACAGGGCUUCCCCGGAGAGGUGCAGCUGAUCCACUACAACCAGGACCUGUACGCCAACUACAGCGAGGCGGCCAAGAGUCCCCAUGGGAUUGCAGUGGUCUCCCUCUUUGUCAAGCUGUCGGAGAACUCCAACACGUUCUUGAAUCGCAUGCUCAACAGGGACACCAUCACCAGGAUCAACUACAAACACGAUGCAUUCUUAAUGAUGGGUCUUAACAUCGCGGAGCUGUACCCGGACACCACCCGCUACAUCACGUAUGAGGGUUCCAUUACCAUUCCCCCCUGCUACGAGACGGCCACCUGGAUCCUCAUCAACAAGCCCAUCUACGUCACACAGAUGCAGAUGCACUCUCUGCGUCUGCUGAGCCAGAACGAGCCCUACAAGAUCUUCUCCAGCAUGAGCGACAACACCCGGCCCACCCAGCCCCUGCUGCAGCGCUGCAUCCGAACCAACAUCAACUUCAGCAAGCAGGGAAGGGACUGCCCCAACAACCGAGCCCUGCGCCCCCAGUAUAGAGUGAACCAAUGGCUUCUCAAGUAAAGACUACAAACAGGACUACAAACAGAACUACAAACAGGUCUGCCUUGAGUGUCCUGCAGACUACAAACAUGUCCGCCACUGCACACAGAUCUGAACUCUGCCAAACUCAAGCGAUCUGGACUGAAAGUGCAGUGGCUUACGGCAAAAACUCGUUACAGACUACAAAAAACGACCUCGACCAAAGUUCAGAGGUCACACAGGGGUCAUGCAGAGGCCCCAAGGAGGUCACAGACUGGUUUCUUUACAGAUCUUUGAGGACCUUUUUGUGUACAUUGGCCGAGGUUUGCUGAUUGCUUUUGGAGUGGAAUUUGGUCUUGAUUUUGAACAUGGAACUACGAAAGACCAAUUCACAAGACUAAUAGCUGAAUUUAUUUAAAUGUGAAUGGAUUUAUUUGUUAUGG